GAGAAGGGCCUGAAGGCGCAGCGGAAGAUCACGGAGAGGAGUCUGCGGAAGAGACGGGCCCAAGAGGCCUACCGCGACGCCAUGUCUGCAGUUAUGGCCGAAAUUGCGUCGUUUUGGCCCCCCCUGACGCUGCAGGAGCGAAAGGACACCUUGGCCCUACAUCCGUCCUGGGGCGAUCUGGCGAACAGCUCGAGCGGAACGCACAAGGAGGAGGGGAAAGAGAUAUUCCUGUCAGCGCAAACGGCUGGCGUCAUGUGCACGUGCGCCAACUCAUGGAUCAUAUACUCUCUGCGCGAGCUGGUGGGCUCGUGA